ACCGAUGCCUAAGCAGCGUUCUGGUUCUGUUCAGACGUGAGUUUGCAUCUUCUACGCGCAGAGCUCUCCGACUCAGUCCGGAUCGCUUCAUUAGCGCAGUAGAAUUUCCCUUAUAUAUGGCAACUGGAUCCGACUUCUAAAUGAAAACUACAUCUGAGAAGCUCGUUCUUCAUAUGCGGUCAACACCAUGUUGGACAACUGCUCGGAUUUUGGUAACCUUACGCAGCUGGUGGUUCCGGUGGUCCACAGCUUUCCGGCUCUAGUUUUCGGGAUCUUAUUGAUCGUGGUCGUCAUCUUCGGCAACGUGCUCGUGUGCCUGAGUGUUUACUCGGAGAAAGCUUUAAAAACGACAACCAACUAUUUCAUCGUCAGUUUGGCGUUUGCAGACCUGCUGUUGGCGGUUCUGGUUCUGCCACUCUUCGUUUACGCAGAGUUCCAGGGUGGAGUCUGGUCUUUGAAUAUGUUUGUAUGUGAUGGCCUGAUGACCAUGGAUGUGAUGCUGUGCACUGCAUCCAUCUUCAACCUCUGUGCCAUCAGUGUGGACAGGUUCAUUGCUGUUGCCAUUCCUCUAAAUUAUAACCGCAAGCACGUGGACCAUCGUCAACUCAUCCUGCUGUCAGGCACCUGGCUGCUCGCCCUAGCUGUGGCCUCACCUGUUAUCUUUGGAAUCAACAAUGUACCAAACCGUGACCCCAGCACAUGUAAACUGGAGGACAAUAACUAUGUUGUUUAUUCCUCCAUCUGCUCCUUCUUUAUUCCAUGCCCCAUCAUGGUCCUGCUAUACUUUGGUGUCUUUCGCAGCCUACGCCACUGGGAAGUGGCUCGUAAGGCCAAACUGCGCAGCAGCAUUGACGCGUGUAGGAAGCUGCAGCAUGCGGUCAUCGCCACCGCCCUCCCCCCGCUGGCGAGCGCCAUCACCGGACCUUUGUUGACUCCUCUACCUAAGAUGAUUGAAAGAGGCCAAGCUGAUCCGUCGAGGCUUGACUAUAUGGAUGACUACUUCAAGCAAGAGAUUCCUUAUCCCCGUCAGUAUGAAGCAAACUCCAUAGCCACAGUGACCUACAGCCAAGAACAGCACAGACAGAAAGGAGCCAAGAUCAACAGCAGGGAGAGGAAAGCCAUGAGGGUGUUGCCUGUUGUUGUCGGCUGCUUCCUCUUCUGCUGGACUCCAUUCUUUGUGGUCCAUAUCACUCGAGCUGUGUGCGUGUGGUGUGAGAUCUCUCCUGGACUAACAAGCACGGUGACCUGGCUGGGUUAUGUCAACAGUGCCCUCAAUCCUAUAAUCUAUACCAUCUUUAAUACGGAGUUCAAGAAUUAUUUUAAGAAAUGCUUCAGAAAGUGCUGCUACACAUGAUCGGUCUGAUUAACACUAUGAUUGUUUGCACUGUAAUAGUCCGGCAACAGGUCAAGUCAAGGUGUGGAUGGUUUAGAUCAGUGUGGUCAUAAACUAGCUACAUCAAUUUGUUGUACCUCGACUGUCAGUUGGUAAAAAUGUUUUUCCUUUGAGCACAAUCAGUUUUAGAAAGUCACAAAUCACAGGCAUACCGUUUGGUAGCUUGUUUUACCGAGCUUGUUAUCUUCUGAGGAUCAACUACGAAAAACGACAUCUGCCAGGAAAGAUGGAUUCAAGCCUAAAAUGUCCUCAAAUGCUCAAAUGUGUCUUCUCAAGACAUGUUUUUCCUCUCAAGAUUGUUGUUGAUUGCAACUUGACGUAGGGACAUUGCUGUCAGUAUACAGAAAUGCUUUGGAUAUUAGGAUCAAGUUUUUGAAAAAGGAAACAUGCUUGAUUAAGGGAAAAUCCAGGUCAAAAACUGCCCUCACCCCUGCAUACUUAUGAUUAAGGUCUUAAAGCAUUUUUUAAAUAUUUUUGUUUAAAAUCUUGUUCUUGCACUGUAUAUUCUUUUAGUAAUUUCGGUAAUGUACAUUUGUAUUUGUUUACUUUGCUUUAAAAGUUUUUGACUCUUUUGUUUAUAAAUGUUUUUACAUGUUAAUUAUAUGAAGCACAUUACUCUUGUGUAAAUGCACAAUAUAGAGAGACUGACUGACUUACCUUGCCUUUGUUUUUCUAUUGGAUCCCCUGACACAAAAUACUUAAUUGGUUUCUUAAAUGUUUUAAAAUAUUUGCUGUGGAUUGAUAAUCCGCAACAAUGAUGAUUUUAAGUAAAAAAACAAAAAAG